AUGGCCAAAGAGGGUGAUGGAAAGGCCAGGCUGGUGGCUGGGGGCAGCCAUGGGCAGGGUAAAGGAAAAAAGAGAAAUCCUCUUCAUGACUUCAAGAAAACAGGAGAACUGAUGCUCAUUAAAGUAAACAAAACAUUGGAAGUAAAAACAAAGCUGUUAAAUACCACAGAGCAAUGUGCAAAGAGAUGCAGCAGGAGCAAGGGCCUUUCCUUCACUUGCAAGGCCUUUGCUUAUGACAGAGUUACAAAACGGUGCCAUUGGUUAUCCUUCAACAGCUUGACAAAUGGUGUGAGAAAGAAGCAAGACCAUGCGUUUGAUCUGUAUGAAAAGAAGGAUUAUGUCAGAAAUUGUAUCAUUGGAAAAGGAGCAGACUAUAAAGGAACAAUAUCUGUUACCAAAAGUGGUAUCCAGUGUCAGGCCUGGAAUUCAAUGAUCCCCCAUGAGCACAGCUUUUUGCCUUCGAGCUAUCGGGGAAAAGACCUGAGGGAAAACUACUGCCGAAACCCCCGAGGGGAAGAGGGAGGCCCGUGGUGUUUCACCACCAGCCCAGAGACGCGACACGAAGUUUGUGACAUCCCCCUCUGCUCAGAAGUUGAAUGCAUGACCUGCAAUGGAGAGAGUUAUAGAGGGCCAAUGGAUCACACCGAGACAGGCAAGGAGUGUCAGCGCUGGGAUCUUCAGAGACCACACAAGCACAAAUUCCGUCCAGAGAGAUAUCCUGACAAGGGCUUUGAUGAUAAUUACUGCCGCAAUCCCGAUGGCAAGCCGAGACCAUGGUGCUACACUCUUGACCCUAACACCCCCUGGGAGUUCUGUGCAAUUAAAACGUGUGAGGACGGCGCGGGGAACGGCACGGAGGCGGCGGCCGCCACCACGGCGUGCGUCCGGGGCCAGGGCGAGGCCUACCGCGGCACCGCCAGCACCACCUGGAGCGGCGUCCCCUGCCAGAGGUGGGACUCGCAGCUCCCUCACCGCCACAACAUCACUCCCGAGAACUUCAAGUGCAAGGAUUUGAGGGAGAACUACUGCCGAAAUCCAGAUGGAUCUGAAUCACCCUGGUGCUUUACCACUGACCCAAACAUCCGUAUUGGUUAUUGCUCCCAGAUUCCUAAGUGUGAUGUAUCAAAUGAACAAGAUUGUUAUCGUGGCAAUGGCAAGAGUUACAUGGGGAAUCUAUCCAAGACAAGAUUUGGGCUAACUUGCUCCACAUGGGACAAAAAUAUUGAAGACUUACGUAGGCAUAUACAAAUAUUCAGAGAACCAGAUGUUAGUAAACUGAAGAAAAACUAUUGCCGCAAUCCAGAUGAUGAUUUUCACGGUCCCUGGUGUUACACAGAUGAUCCUCUUGUUCCCUGGGAUUACUGCCCUAUUUCUCGAUGUGAAGGUGAUACAACUCCUACUACAACCAGCUUGGACGAUACUGCCAUUCCUUGUGCCUCAACAAAACAUUUGAGAGUUGUAAAUGGAAUCCCAACACAAACUAACGAAGGAUGGGUGGUUAGUUUGACAUACAGGAAUAAGCAUAUCUGUGGUGGUACUUUGAUAAAAGAAGAGUGGGUGCUUACAGCAAGGCAGUGUUUCCCUUCUCGGUACAAAGAUUUGAAAGACUACAAAGCCUGGCUUGGAGUCCAUAAUAUCAAAGGAAAGGGAGAGGAGAAGCGUAGACAAGUCCGAAAUAUCUCCCAGUUGGUGUAUGGCCCUGCAGGGUCGGAUUUGGUCUUACUGAAACUUAGCAGACCUGCUAUAUUGACAAAUUUUGUAGAAAUAAUCCGAUUGCCCAUUUCUGGAUGUACCAUUCCAGAGAAGACCAGCUGCAGUGUUUAUGGAUGGGGAUACACUGGAUUAGUUAACUAUGAUGGCCUUCUCCAAGUAGCAAACCUGUUUAUUUUGGGAAAUGAGAAAUGCAACCAAUAUCUCAAAGGAAAGAUUACUGUGAAUGAGUCUGAAAUCUGUGCUGUGGCUGAAACCAUAGGUGCUGGGCCUUGUGAGCGAGACUAUGGUGGUCCUUUGGUUUGUGAACAAAACAGGCUGAAGAUAGUUAUUGGUGUCAUUGUUCCUGGCCGUGGGUGUGCCAUUCGAAAUCGUCCUGGGAUUUUUGUCCGGGUCUCAUAUUAUUCCCGGUGGAUACACAAGAUUAUGAUGACUUACAGAAAACCCUGAAAAAGUCAAUAACUCCCACUGAAAGAUUUUGGACAACAUGUAAUUAAUAUGUAAUGUAAAGAUCAACAAUUUUUUAAGUACUUGAUAGUCAAGUUUGUUGAG